AUGGAUCCUCUUUCAGUCACAGCAUCAAUUGUCGGCCUACUUGCUGCUGGUGCAAAGAUCAUCAAGUUUCUGGAAGGCUUGGAUGAUGCUGAGGAACUCACUCGAACCAUUGCCAAUGAGGUUGAUCUCUUCCGGAUGAUAAUGCUUCGUCUACAAAACUUCAUCCUCCAUUCAUCGACACGCGACCUUCCCCAUGCCUCAAUGAUAGACCUUGACCAAGUGAUUACCAUCCUGAUUAGCUCCGUGAUGACCUUCUCGGAGCUCGAGAGAGAGCUCGAUCGAUUUGCAAGCUCACCCAAAUAUACCACUUUAAGAUGGGUGAUGUCACGGUCAACAAAAUCGAAUCUACGCGCGCUAUUGAAGCAGCUUAAAAGUCAGAAGUCAUGCCUUAGCAUGAUGCUUGUUAUGUUUACAUGCGACUUGCACUCACAGGCAGUUGAAAACAUGAAAAAGCUGCAAAGAACUACAGAAGAGCUAUAUACAACCAACACAAAGAUGCUCCAAAGGCUACAGAAAGUAGCCUCGAGCUCUGAUCAGUUAUCCUUCUCAGACACGGCUAGCGUAACCGGGAGCGUUCGGAGUGUCAUGUCCAUAGUGUCACUGGCAAGUUUUGAACAUACUCUGUCCCGAUCACGAUUAUACCAUCGCCUACAUCGCAAUAAUCAAAAAGCAUCGAGUUUUGGCCAGGCAAUGCCUCGAGGAUGUUCUGUACUCUCUGGUAUCAGUCUUUCUGAGGUAUCCAACAUCGCGGUCUACCGUUUAGACAUAUCGCUCAAAUACGUCUAUAACUCCCAGCGGUACACCACACUCACCCCUCCUUCUCCUCUCCAGCGUCUCUCUGCCUAUCGUAACAGAGAUAGACAAAACGAGAGACACCAAUUUUUAAAGGAAACGAUCCUUGAAGCUGUCAUCAAUGGUCCUUUUGACGCCGAUAAAACACUGGAUGGACAAGUGGACAUGAAGACUUUGGAUGCCGUUUUAACGAAGUUUCAUGAUUCCCGCUCAAAAGAACAUGUGGUGGAGUCACUGUUCGAUAAGAACGCGGACGGCGAAGUCUCAGACACAUUCUCGAAGUUCUCAUUAUACAUUGCUUGCAUUGAAGGGUGGAAUGAUAUUGUGAAACUGCUUCUAGACAACGGGGCCAAUAUCGAGUCGAAGGAUCUUCACGGCUGGACCCCGCUUAUGCAUACAACGGUAGCGGGUCGAACCCGCACCUUACGCCUGCUCCUAGACCGCGGAGCAAACAUAAAAUCCUUGGACAAAUCAGGGCGAUCAGCACUUCUCCUCGCUGCGGAGACCCAUCAUUCAGACAUAGUCAAGGUCCUGUUGGAACGCGGCGCGAGCGUUGACGAAAAAGAUCUUUCAGGACGAACAGCACUUCUCCGAGCUGCAGAGUGCGGUAGUUCGCAUGUCGUCAAACUCCUAUUAGACCGCGGCGCAAGCGUUGAAGAAAAGGAUCUCGCGGGACGAUCAGCACUUCACAUUUGCGCAAUUGCCCGUGUGGUGUCCACUGACGUUGUCAGGCUGCUCAUGGACUACGGAGCCAUAAUUGACUCAAGGGACAGCGAAGGACGGACGCCACUGAUGCUCGCCAUACAGUCAAAUGUUUUAUGGAUGUACGAGAAGUUGACAUUCAUUGAUGGCGCGGACGUUAACGCGACGGAUGAUCAGGGAAAUACUGCUCUUCAUCUUCUGCUUAGUUCCGGAGUGGAACGGGAGUGCAAAGAAUUGAUUGAUGCACUGAUAUCCCUCGGUGCCGAGACGACUUGGGAGAACGGUGAAGGUAAAACGGCAACACAACUAGCCGCUGAGAGAGGCUACACACUAGAUUCGAAUAAACUCAGACACAGAAUCUCAAGGAUUCAGGAGAGUAUUAACGAAUUGUGA